UCGCAGGGACAGCCCGCCCAGGCGGACUCUCCCACAGCGGCCCCGUCCUCGGGGCUCAGGGCUCAGGGCGCGCCAGCCCUGACACGUCAGCUCGGGUCCCCCGCUCGGCCUGCUCCUCUAGGGGCCCCCAGGCCGAUGGCCAGUCUGAACGUGUCCCUCUCCUUCUUCUUCGCCACCUUCGUCCUCUGCCAGGCGGCCAGGAGGGCGUGCAAGGCCCUGCUCCCGGCGGGCGCCUACGCCAGCUUCGCCCGGGAGGCGGUGGGCGCGGCCCAGCUGGGGGCCUGCUGUCUGGAGAUGCGGAUGUUGGCGGAGCUCGGCCCCUGGGCGGGGGGCUUCGGCCCCGACCUGCUGCUCACCCUGCUCACCCUGCUCUUCCUGGUUCACGGGGCGACCUGCGACGGCGCUGCGGCCAACCCCACCGUGUCCCUGCAGGACUUCCUCCUGGCCGAAGCCUCCGUGCCCCGCACGCUGCUGAAGCUGGCGGCCCAGGGGCUGGGUGUGCGGGCGGCCUGUGCCCUGACCCGGCUGUACUGGGCCUGGGAGCUCUGUGACCUGCACGUCCUCCAGAACCUCCUGGACCCGCACUGCAGCUCCCCCCUGCGCACGCCCGUGUCCCACGGCGCGCUCGUGGAAGGCGCCGGCGCCUUCUUCUUGCACCUGACCCUCCUCCGCCUCCGGAACAGCCUGCCCGCCUACCGGGUGCCGGCCGUGGCCCUGCUGGCCACCGUCAUGACCCACACAGCUGGGCCCUUCACGUCUGCCUUCUUCAACCCGGCCCUGGCCACCUGGGCCACCUUCCACUGCUCGGGCCACACCCUGCUGGAGUACAUGCAGGUGUACUGGCUGGGUCCUCUGACAGGGAUGGUCCUGGCCGUCCUGCUGUAUCAUGGCCGCCUUCCUCGCCUGUUCCAGAGGAACCUGUUGUACAGCCAGAAGAACAAGUACCGAACUCCUAGAGGGAAGCCGGCCCCGGGGCCUAGAGACACCCAGACGCCUGCAGAGGGGUGCAGAAGCCGGGAGCCUGGGCGGGGUGGGGCGGGGCAGCCGCUGCCGGGCUCCCGCUGAGCCAGCACGGUCUGCGGGGAGGGCCGGGGCUCUGGCUGGACUCUGGGGCCUCCCUGAGCCGAGGGGGCACCGGACCCGCAGCCCUUUCUCCCCCCAAACCUUUCAUCAAUAAACCAUUCCUAAGACCUGCCCGUCUCCCUGGCCUGACAGAGGCUUCUGGAAGGGCAGGCAAGGAAGGGCAUACGCCAUGGAGGCUGGUCUGUGUCACCUCCAUCUUCCCACGGGGCGUCUCUUGCCUCUUUACAGAAUUAGGAUCAAAGGGAAGACCGAGGAGGAAAGGCAAGAGGUCCAGGGUGGGUCACGGGGUCCUGAGAAGAUGCUGGGGUAGAGGUUCCACAGGUGGUGCCUGGCUGCCCAGAACACACCGCCCGGGAGGCCCGAGCAGCCUCUCGCCCUGAGACCUGCUGGCCACGCGGGGGAAGGCGGCCGGAGCCUGAGGCUGCAGGGGAGCAGGCUGGACACAGGGUCCGGGUCCCACCAUCCGCCAGCAUCUGACCCUCAGGGCGGCACGCCCCCGGGUCCUCGUGGCUGGGCAGGAGUGAAAGGAGAAUUCGGCCCCCCCCACUUCCCGUGGCCGCCCCUUCGCCCCUUUUUCACCCGCUCUCCACCUGGCCUGGCAGUGAGGCUGCUCCCUCUGGGCCCCAGCUCCCUCUCCCCUCCCCGGAGGGGCUGCUCCGGGAGGGGUGAGCAGGCCCAGGUCUCUGAGGCCAGCCCUGUGUGCCUUCUGGAAGGCCUGAUGGGGCUACCCGGAAGCUUCCGGAAGGAGGACCAGGUGCGCACAGGGUUGGUGCCAGGAUGGGGGGCCGUCCAGCCCCCUUUGAAAGGAGUCUUUGUGGGCCGGGGGGCCGGGGGUGAUAGCAGAGGUUGCAGCCCCAGGACGGAGGGGAGGGUCCUGGGGGGCCAAGGUUAGAGGCUGGCUGGCACGUCUGUCCCCAGAGAACGUGGCCUCUGCACAAAUACUUCCAGGACAGAAGCUUCUGGUGCUCACUUAGUAAAUUUUUUUUUUUUUAAGUAGGCUCCACAUCCGGCAAGGAGUCCAACGCGGGGCUUGAACUCACAACCCUGAGAUCAAGACCUGAGAUAAGCUCAAGAGUGGGACACUCGAUCGACUGAACCACCCAGGCGCCCCACUCAUGUAGUAAACGUAACCAGUGAGUUCCUACAGGAAAAGCAAACCUGUGCACAUUGUAAUAAAUAAUAUCAGCAAAUUAUCAGAAUUCCCUGAGGAGUUUAGGGUCUUUGUUUUGGAAAACUUCAACGUCAUAAAGCAAUCCCCACGUGCUGGGAAGUGUGACUUAAAUUUAAGGAACACUGCACUUGAUGGAAAGAACACAGUUUUCAUAAUUUCCAUACGAAGCUCUGAUGAACUGAUAACUAACGUGGGAGGCAACUUAAAAAUUACUACAAAAAGUUGAUGACGAGUUUAACACGAAGAAUGCAAAAUGGUUCCAUACUGGGCCACUGUUUAAUAUAAUCCCCCUUGUUAAUCAAUCUAGGAAUAAAAUCAUACGAUUAUCUCCACUGACACUUAAAA